GCCCAGCAAGGAUAAUUUCAUUUAAUGAGUUGCGCAUGCGUAAAGCUAUCAGAAUGCUGGGAUAGAAAGUUGCGGAAGUGAAUAUUGUGUCGUCUGUAAACUUACGGGUGCGACUCGAGGCUUUUACAGACUAUUUGGACUCGACUGUUGAAACACUUUGGAAUGAUGCAAGCGGUACCAAAGAAACCAAACUUUAAAUGCCCAAAAUUUUCAGUGCCAGCUAAACCUUCCAGUGAGAAAUCAAAUUCUACUGAAAACAAAGGAAAACAGGAAAAGAAAGAAGCGAAGAAGAAGCCUUUGUCUGUGGAAAUAAGAGCUGAUGGUGACAGUAAUGUUUCUGCCACAAAGCAGUUUCUUAAAGCUAAUCCAAGUGGAGAUCAUAAGACUGAAAGUGCUGAAAUAAAAGACACCUUCAAGCCAGAAGAUGUACCGGAGUCUGGAGACAAUGUCAAAACAAGUCUUUUAAAGGAACAAGAAAUUGCAAACAAAAAUGAUGGACUGGAAGGUGACCAUGUAAAAGCCAAACAACUUUCAACAACUGUAUCAGAGAAAAAGGUUAUUAAAAAGAAGAACAAAACAAAGACAGAGUUCAGUGUGACACCAGCAUCAGACAUUCAGAAAAAUGAUGAAAACAAGAACAAUGCCAAAGAAAAAAAGAAAAAAGAAAAUAAAAGUGUGGUACAGAAGCCAAAAAAGGUAAAAGAAAAGAAAGAGCCAAAAGAACCCAAAGUGACACUUCCAGUAAGGUCCUUAACAGAUGAGGAAUAUACAGCCAUAUUUGAUGCUACAAUAGAAAAUGCAAUGAACCUAAAUAUUGAUGAAUGGGCUCCUAAGGCAACUUCACCUUCAAAGAAAAAAGAGCCAGUCAAAAAGAAGUACAGUAUAACAGUGGGGAAAAAAGAAAAGAAAACUGAAGUUUCUACUCAAGAAUCCUGUCCUAGACCAAGUACAGGAAUGAUUGAAAAUACUGAAGGUUCUAAUCUUAGAUUAUUUUUACCAUAUUUGUGGACCUUUUAUGUUGUAUAGAUUUCUGUUUUUAGG